AUGCUCCAAGCAACCUGCAUUUUGCUAAUCUCAGUUCUCAGUUCAUUUUCACCACUUGCAACAGCAAUGCUCAACCUAACUCUUCCAGGAACACACCCAGACCCCGAAGCAGUUGCCCAUGAAGUUCACAGGAAGGUUAAUGCUUCAAUUGCAAGAAGGGAAAUGCUAGGAGUGUCAGAGGAAGAUGAAUCUUCGUGCCUAACGGGGAACCCAAUUGAUGAUUGUUGGAAAUGUGACCCAGAUUGGCCUAAUAACAGACAGAGAUUAGCUGAUUGUGCCAUUGGGUUUGGUCAAUAUGCGAAGGGAGGGAAAGGUGGUGAAUUUUACGUUGUUACAGAUUCUUCGGAUGAUGAUGUAGUUAACCCCAAACCUGGGACGCUAAGAUAUGCUGUGAUACAGGACGAGCCACUGUGGAUCGUGUUUCCCAGUAACAUGAUGAUUAAGCUGUCUCAGGAGUUGAUUUUUAACAGCUAUAAGACCAUUGAUGGGCGUGGUGCCGAUGUGCACAUUGUGGGUGGAGGUUGCAUUACUUUGCAGUAUAUAAGCAAUGUCAUCAUACAUAAUAUUCACAUCCACCAUUGUCAUCCCUCAGGGAACACAAACGUUCGAUCGAGCCCAGAGCACUACGGGUACAGAACAGAGUCAGACGGUGACGGAAUAUCCAUAUUCGGAUCCAAAGACUUAUGGAUCGACCACUGCACCCUAUCACGCUGCAAAGACGGACUCAUAGACGCCGUAAUGGGGUCCACCGGAAUAACCAUAUCAAACAACUUCUUCUCCCACCACAACGAAGUCAUGCUCCUCGGCCACAGCGACGACUACCUCCCUGACUCCGGCAUGCAAGUCACCAUCGCCUUCAACCACUUCGGCCAAAAACUCGUCCAGAGAAUGCCCCGCUGCCGGAGAGGUUACAUCCACGUCGUCAACAACGACUUCACGCAGUGGGAAAUGUACGCCAUCGGCGGCAGCGGCGAACCCACCAUCAACAGCCAGGGAAACCGCUACACCGCACCCACCAAUCCCUUCGCCAAAGAGGUAACGAAGAGAGUGGAGACGGAACAGUCGAAGUGGAAGGGAUGGAACUGGAGGUCAGAGGGUGACGUCAUGGUCAACGGUGCUUUCUUCGUGGCUUCGGGAGAGGGUCUUGAAGUUAAGUACGAGAAGGCAUAUAGCGUGGAACCCAAAUCCGCCGAUCGCAUCGCUCUUCUCACCAUGUCCGCCGGCGUUCUGGGUGUUGCCCGAGACAACAACUUGGGAAUGUGGAGUAGAGGACCCGGUGAUGACGUGGCAGAAUCCGGACCGGAAUACACCGACGACAUGUCCGACAGUGAGAGACUCGAUGUGUCUUCUUCUUUUCUUCUGUUGUUGUGCUUCUUCUUCUCUUGUUAUGCGAUACCCUUGACGGUUAUUCUAUAA